AUGGUUAAAAUCUACCUCAUUCUGUUACUCUCACAAUGGGAGGGAAGAAAUCAGGUGAGAUGGAUAGUGAUGUAUAUACUGAUAUCUUCCUUGAUUUUGGUUUCCACAAUGUUUUCUGUGUCUGAAUCAUCCCUUAAAGUGGGUUUCUAUAGAAAUUACUGUCCAUCUGCUGAAUUAAUUGUUAGAUCAGCAGUAAAUAAAGCUGUUUCUCGCAAUCCCGUCAUCGGUGCUGGUCUUGUAAGGAUGCAUUUCCAUGACUGCUUUGUCAGGGGUUGUGAUGGUUCUGUGCUGCUAGAGUCCACAUCAAGUAGUCAAUCUGAAAGAGAACAUCCUGCUAACAAUCCUAGCUUGAGAGGUUUUGAGGUGAUUGACGAGGCCAAAGCCCAAAUUGAGGCUGUAUGUCCAAAAACAGUAUCUUGUGCAGACAUUCUUGCUUUUGCUGCUAGAGACAGUGCAUACAAGCUUGGAGGAGUAUAUUAUGCUGUUCCAGCCGGACGUCGCGACGGGAGUGUCUCGAGUUUCAACGAAGUUGCUCAAAAUUUGCCUCCUCCCUUUUUCAAUGCAGAGCAAAUAAUCGAACUGUUUGCCCGAAAAGGGUUGUCAGCGGAUGAGAUGGUGACACUAUCAGGAGCACACUCUAUCGGUGUCUCGCAUUGUUCUUCAUUUUCUAACCGUCUAUACUCAUUCAAUCAGACUCACAAACAAGAUCCUUCAUUGGACCCUAAAUUUGCAGCUACGUUGAAGAAAAAGUGUCCUGAUAAAAAAGGUGUCAGAGAUCCUACAGUGGCGCUUGAUCCUACACCUAAUUAUCUGGAUAAUGAGUACUACUUUGAGCUGACGAAUAACCGCGGAUUACUGGGUUCGGACCAGACAUUGAUGAGCAGCUCUUCUACAAGAAGGAUGGUGUUGAACAAUGCAAAGUAUGGUUCAACAUGGGCCAACAAAUUUGCAAAGGCAAUGGUGCGCAUGGGUUCUAUUGAAGUUCUUACUGAUGAAGAAGGUGAAAUCAGGACAUACUGCAGUUCUGUGAACUAA